AUGGCUGAGACAACAACACAAAGACCCCUUCGGGUCGCCAUUGUGGGGGCUGGUAUCGCGGGCCUGACAACCGCCAAGUCCCUCCGCCACUUCUACCCAAAGAAGGCAGUUGACAUCAAGAUCUAUGAGAAAGCCACCAAGCUCAGCGAGGUCGGCGCCAGCAUCGGUAUCCACACCAGCGGGCUCAAGAUUCUCGACAAGCUCGGAGUCCAUGAGGCGCUGGACGAGUCCAUCUGCAUCCGCCAGUCCAGCGGCUCGCCCAUAGCGUUCCGACACUGGCUUACUGAUGAAAUCCUUGGAAUGCAAGACAGCAAGGUGGAGGGCGGCGUGGAGGAGAAGUACCGACCGGCGAGAUUCCACCGUGCUCAUCUGCAGCAGGUGCUUAUCGACGCUCUUCCAGAGGACGUUGAGUUGCGACUGGCGACCAAGCUCUCUGGGACGAGUGUCACUCCCGGCAGCGACGAUCCUGUGACUCUGUCAUUUGAAGACGGCAGCAGCGAGGCAGCGGAUCUGUUGAUUGCGGGAGACGGGGUGUACUCCAAGAUCAGGAGCACCUACGCUCCUGAUGCCGAAGUGAAGUGGCUGGGCAUGAUUGCCUUCAGGGCCGCGUUCGAGGCUUCCUUGGUCAAGGACAUCGAGGGUCUGCCUGCCGAUGCUGUCCGCUGGAGCGGCCCAGAUGAUAGAAACUUCGUUUCAGGAAGACUAGGCAAGGGCAAGUAUGCCAUUGUGGCACUGCACAACGUCGACCCCAACGACCCGAGGGACCCCUUCUGCAGCGCGGAGUGGGACCAAACGAGCAACCUGGAGCUCUUCAGUAGCCUUUACGGGGACUGGAACCCAAUCGUCCAAGGCGUAGCAAACGCAGCCCCCUACAUCAAGACCUAUCCCAUGUGCGCCGUCACGCCCCUCGACUCCUUCAUCUUCGACGGCCACGUCGCCCUCCUCGGCGACGCAGCCCACGCUCACGGCGGUGGCGUCGCAAUCGGCGGCUCCCUUGCCAUCAACGACGCCUACGCCUUCGCCCUCGCCCUGACCCACGUCUGGCCUCCUGCUGGAACCACCUCGACCUCGGCCCCGAAGCCCAGCCCAGAGCAGCUGGACAGGGUUCUGAAGCUGUACGACGAGACGAGGAGGCCGCUUGUCAACAGGCUCUUGGGCGGCGUCCACGCACUGGCGCAGAAGAGGCGGUGGAUGGCGCAGAAGAAGACGCUGGAUGGCAAGGGGGAGACGGACGAGCUGCUGCGGGCUAGGAUCGCAAACAGGCCGGACUUGAGCUGGCUGACGGAGCAUGACGUCGAGGCGGAGUUUGAGAAGGUCGUCGCCCGCGUUGAAGCCGUUUGA